AUGAACGAGCCAGCGUCCAAGAAGCGCCGCGUGCGUAAGGGUACGCGAAGUUGCUGGGAGUGCCGUAGACGCAAGGUCAAGUGUCGCUUCGAUCAUGAGGGCGAUGUGAAGUGCCUCAACUGCAUCGAUUAUGACACCCCUUGCGUCUCGCAGAAGGAUUCCGAGGGUCCCGGACCAAGCCUCGCUUCUACAACGCAAGCGACCCCGUGUGGAGAGGCGUCCACCCAUGAGCGUGAGGAUGGAGCCUUGACUCAACGCAUAGACCGACUGGAGCAGCUACUACUCAAGAUCGCCAGUGGUGAGCAAACAGCGGCUGUUGGGCUGCCACCGUCCACCACUGUUACGGCAGAGGGUCCCAGGAUGCUGUCUUGCGCGCCAAUGAACGACCUCUUCAAUGGGUCGGCAGCGACGAAUGCUCACGAAAUUGCGGCAGCCAACAGCACUGCUUUUAAUGAAUCAAUCUUGACUCCGGGGUCGUCAGAAGUCACUAUACCAAGAAAUGCAACUUCAACCGCGCAUUCUCCAGUAUCCCAAGAGUCUUCCAGCACUACCUACACGCAUGUACUCGCCCAGCAAAAAGGUACGCAACAGCGCCUUCGACAGCUAUCCUUCAGGUUGCAUGCUCUUCUUCCUUCUCCGGAUCUACGAAAUGUCCUUGCUUUCGAAAGCCCAGGGGCAUCCAUGAUCCUCGGUUGUGCGCACUCCAGAGACGACCAGAUUGCCGGCAGGACUGAACCUCACUGGUCCUUGGCGUCCGCAUCGUGGCCAACUCGGGACACUCACCCGGUGCUCAUCGCAAAGCGCCUCAUUCAAUACUCCGUAUGCAUGCAGUACCUACCUCCCAACAUGGACCCCACUCGGAUACAGCUUCCUGAUCACCAGCAGCCGUGCGAGCUUGUUGGCCAGUGGAUUGCUACUGUCACUGACCUGACUGGCGACGACGAGCUCAUGGGAUGUGCAGAGGGCCUAGAGGUCUUGACACUAUUGAGCAUGUUUCAAGCCGAGUCUGGCCAUCUGCGCCGAGCAUGGAUGACCACACGCCGUGCGCUAGACCUCGGUCGCCUCUUGGGCAUAGAUCGACCGGUACCGCCUCCCAUACGCUCGUGCGCGGCACAAAGCGAUCCUAAGACAACGCCGUCGAUGACGAUCCUGUGGUACCGACUUAACUGCAGCGAUCGAUAUCAUUCUCUCAUUUUAGGUCUCACGCCCAGUACGCACAAGGACAACUUCAUCCAUGCCACGCCCGUCUCCUCUGAGAGAGAACUGGACAUUCUCAGCAAAGCGCAUUCGGUCAUCGCUCGCAAGAUAGCGGACAGGAAUGAUCUUCCACCCAGGUCAACCGAGGCAUACUCGGUCACCCAGAGUAUUGAGGAAGAGUUUGAGCGAGCUGCCGCUGAGAUGGGCCCCGGCUGGUGGGAGAGCUCCUUUGUGCAUAGCGCCGUUCUCCCAGACCUGACGUUGUGGCGAGGAUCCACGUCGCAAAUCAUGUCAGCUCGCUCCAGACUGUACAUGCAGGUGCGGCACUACACGCUGCUCAUCCUCUUGCAUCUGCCAUUCCUUCUGCAAGUCGGGAACGGGGGAACAUAUGCUCACAACCACGGCUCCUGCAUGAGCGCUAGUCGUGCUGUGCUUGAGCGGUUCCUCUUCUUCCGCAAAGGGAACUUGAUGAACAUUUCAGGCAGGCCGAUCGACUAUUCAGCCCUUAUUGCUGGCAUGACUCUUUUGCUAGGGUAUCUGGUCAGGGGAACUGGCGACGAUCGCAAGCAAUCAGACAGGGAGCUUGUGGAAGAGACGUUAAUUGCAUUUCGGGAGCUUGGGGCGUACAAGCGAGACCCUCUCGCGGCCGAAUCCGCAGAAACACUGAGCCAACUCCUCCCCAUUAUUACGACGAACAGUAGCCAGCAUCCUCUGCGUCUAAAAGUACCGUUCCUCGGCACAGUCAACAUCACUGCGAGACCUACAACGGCCGCUAGCUUCGAUGCGCAACCUCCAUCUGGCGGUUUUCCCGGACCAACGCCGUUCCCAGGAUCAGUUGAAACAAACUUCGAACUCGAUGCACGACCGCUUCUCACAUUCGACACUACUGGUAUCCCAGGUUCUAAUCCCGACGCUGCCUCGGCGAGCGAGGAAACCAAUUGUUCCUACGUGCCGCCUGAUUGGGAGGAUUGGGUGUUUCAGGGAAUUGACACCACGUACUGGUCGACUCUGAACGACAGCGUCAAUGGAAUAGCUGAGAACCCUUUUAGCGGAACGACAUGA